AUGGAUGCCCACGUGUCUUUAGAUAUGGCAGGUAUUGAUUCUGCUUCGGCUGGGGUGAAUGCUAAUAUUCCUCCUCAACAUUCUUCUAGUUUGGGUGGGGUUCGAAAUGGUGCCCUUAAAUUGCAUAAGGUUAAUGGAUGCUUGGAGAGGACUCAAGAACGUCCAGUUUUAGUAGUGCAAUCAGAAUCAGUAGCUGAAGAUAUUGAAUACUAUUACAACCAUGUUUUGAUUUGCAAGUUCCUGGGGAUGAGGGUUUCUCUCGCAUUUCUUGAUAAUUGGAUUUGUAAGACAUGGAACCCGGAAGGUGACUUUGAUAUUCUAAUGGCUGCAAAUAACUUCUUUAUGGUAGAUUUCUCGUGUGCUUCUGACCGAAACAGGGCUUUUGAAGGUGGUUCGUACUUCUAUAAUCAGGUGGGUCUUUUCAUCAAACCAUGGCAUGUUGGCUUUAACUCGGUAGAGGAAUUACCUUCUAGAGUCCCAGUUUGGGUUCAUCUGCCUCGGCUACCACUAGAAUGUUGGAGAAGUGAUAUAUUGCAGUCAAUUGCGUUGUUGCUAGGAAGACCUAUUGGUCCUUCUCAACAGACUCUAAAUAAGCGCAUUUUUUCUUAUGCUAGGGUUUGUGCUGAAAUUGAUUUGAGUAAGCCGUUACCAGAUUUUAUUGAUAUGACUGUUGGAUCCUGCUCCUGGACUCAACCGUUAGACUACGAGAUGCUACCAUUCAGGUGUCGAGUAUGUCAUGAGUAUGGACAUCUCCAACGGAGGUGUCCCCGUGCUUCAGGUGUUUUUGGUGCAAGUAAUGCCUCUUCUCAGCCCUCUUUGAAUGCAGAUAAGGGUAAAGCUCCUAUGCAGGGAGGGGGGGCUGAUAAAGAGGGAUUUAUCCCAGUUAAGACUAGGAAUCGUAAUCGAGGCCAAAAGAGAUCAUUUAAAGAUAGGCAAGAGGAAGAGACUCUCAACAGAUUUGAGGCUCUUGAGGAUUUAGUUCAAGAGGAGGGUUUUCAAGAAGUCCUACAGAGAUCAGGGAAUUCUUUAGUAGAGGAGGUGCCUGGAGUUCAGUCUUCUGGGCCUCCAAAUUUCACUCAGAUUGGAGUACAGGGUGCUCAGAUAGCUACUGUUGAAUCUUCUCCAGACCUUAAUUUGGCUACGACUGAUUUGGUAUUGGAGGCAUCUGGUGGGCCUGCAGACAUUGGUGGAGUUCUCCCUGUGAUGCAAGGUGCUUCUGAUCUAGGUAAACAGAAGACUCACCCCCUGGUUUAG